GGCUGAUCCAUGAAAGUCUGGACAUUUUGAGGCGCACUAUGUGACAGGAUUGAAGGGUAGAGAGGGUCGCGUGGACCCCACGCCCCUACCGGAGGUCCUGGAGCGGCCUUAUGGUCCAGGGACAGCGGAUUGUCAUUGUCAAUGUCAGUGCAGAGCGCAUGUUGUUCAUUGAUUCCAACGUGUGUUGAAUGUUUCUCUUCUGCCCCGUGGAAUGUAGGGCAUGUUAUUUACGCCAGCAUUCGCUAUGGUCUGGACUGACUGUAAGAACAUUGCAGAAAUGCCACUACAAGCGCAUUUAUUGGCUCAUAGUGGUUGCCAGUGACGGCGUACAACGGGUGUCCGCGCUGUUACUCUCCGAGUAUGGGGGUGUUUACUGCUGUUUUCAACGCUGGACUUUCUGAAUUGCUAACGGCACAUACCGCUCGGAGCAUUGCCCGCGCUUGUUUUCUCUCGGCACGUGGGUGAUUUCUUUCUCGGUGUCGUCUGCCAAUGGGCACCAAAACUUGCAACAGGCGAACCAUCAUCCAUUACUCUGCCCACACGCUGCAUAGCACGAGCCAUGCAGAAUGGGUUGCUGUGACGACACCACUCAGCAGCGUGCGCUAUGUGGCUGGGACUCAGGCUAAGCUAGGAUUCGAGGAAUCGAAGCUAGGUCUCUCCGGCACCAAACCCCUUUCGGAUUGCGUGCCCUGCAGCAAGAACAUGUAGCUGGAUGCUGUGUUGCAAUCAUCCAGCAAGACACAGCAGUGUGUACAUCGUAUCGUUGUCACACAGCUCACGUUGUCACCAUGCGUGCUAAGCAUGCCCCCCGCAAGUCUGUCAGCACAAAUGGAAGGCAGAAGACCAGCAUCAGCAUCAUCAUCCUCAUGUCUGCGUUAUCUGGAACACGCCAAUGCCAAGUUGUCCCCACAAGGUCUGGAUGUCUCCGUAGCCUGUGGUUCUCCUGUAGCUGAGAGCGGGGCGCACCAAUACUCAGACGAGUUGCACGCUUCGUUUGCUGUCCGAAUGGAUCACCUUGUUAGCUCAGGAGGCAUUCCUACACGCGCUUACAUUCGCUUCCCUAUCAAUCCCCUGUCUUGUCACACACCGGUUGGGCGUGUAGAGAUUGAGGCUGCGUUUAGCCUGCAAUAUCCUGCAGGGGAUGUUGGGCGGGCCAAGGCUGGUCAAACAGUGCUCAGCACGCGGGCUCGUUUCACUAUUCCAGCCCGUCGACAGUGCAGCAGACCCUGGUUCAACCAACCACUGGAUGUGUCCCUCUACAGGUCCAUCAUGGCCGCAAUGACGUCACAUGACGUGGAUUCGGCACACCUUUACGUCAGCCUCCGGAAGAUCAUGAACUCGUCGGCUGUGACGUCACCGGAUACUAAUGCCGGCGGGCUGUUUCCGAGCAUUCAACCAGACCGACUGAGACCGAUGAUUGUCCUAGGUUUCGCUAUGAACGGCGAUACCGCAACACAUAUUCGCAAACGUAUAAGUCUGGCACGUCAAGCACACUUGGCGUCAUCAGAAGCAGCAGCCAGUGCUGAUUUCACGCACCGGAGUCAACCCAAUGCCCACAAAGCUCGCAGCCGUCGGGAAGCGGAAGACCCAACAAGCGAAAGUGAACAGGAACAAGUUUGCGGGCAUCUGGAUGACUUUCUUAUACGCUCCAAUGAGCUAAGUGUUACUAUGGAGACAAACGAGACGAUUGCCCACUAUAAGUUACCGGAUCGCUUCGCGGUAAUUCGGAUCAAGACCUGCGCCCAAACGAAAAAAUGCAGACGCCUUGCGGAACGCCCAGAGUUCGUGGGUCUGUCUCCCCGGUUGCCUGGAGCAAGCAUGCAGAUGUCUGACAUUUCUAUCAAACCCCAGUGCAGGCCAGUGGCGCACUCGAGCAGGACAGUCAGACUGGUCUUGGCAGCAACAGAGCAUGACACUGAGCCCAUCUACAAGAUGGAGGAGUUGAAGGAUAUCAGUGCGACACACUGUGCAUGCACACUAUUUGCUUAGAAGGCUCAAUUUUCUUGACAUCCAGAUUUUACAGAUAUCUAUUGAUGGAUCCAUGCACUGCUAUGCUGGCCUUUCCACUUACAACAUUUUUAUUUAUUAGUGACAAUUCGGCACCCCACGUGAUUACGUAAUAUUUUAUUUGUGAUUAUCACCGAAAACGAUUCAUCUGCUAUACAAUAUCAGCAUUGACAAGAGCAGGAGGCCACAACUUGGCCGAGUCUUUGUACUGACAUGCACACGUACUAAACCACACUCCAAAGGCCACAUGUAGAAACCUGCCCA